AUGGAGACCCCCUGUCUGAAUGGAGGUGGAGUGCACUACACCUGGCAGAAUUUUAAGCUGGACUGGGGAUCCCAGACUGACUCUCCUGGAAGCUGUGAGGAAAAAUUUCAUGGCACAGGGGCACUGAUGAUGGCCCUCUUAGAAAGUCCGUUAGUGAUUUGGCACCUCUGCUGGAAGGCGAAUCCUUUUCCAGGCUUGUGGCAGAGCCGGGGUACGCAGUGGGACCUGGGCAGGCUUGGUGUGAGCUCAGCCCGGGUUCCCAGUGCCGAGAAGGGGAUGCUUGUCUUCUUGUGCUACGAGGCGAACGGCUCCUGCUACAGGACCUUACACCCCUUUGGGGUCCAGCUGGCCAUUUAUCUGGCUUGUGCCUUGGGCACACUGAUCACGGUGCUGGGGAAGCUGCUUGUCAAUGUCGUUUCCCAUUUCAAAGCCCUGCACAAGCCCACCAACUGCCUGCUCCUCUCCCUCGCCCUUGCUGACCUCCUCCUGGGGCUUAGAGUAUUUAUCUGCUGGUAUUUUGGAGAUGACUUCUGUAGGCCGCACACCUUUCUGGACACACUCUUCUGCUUGACCUCCUUACUUCACCUGUGUUUCAUCUCCAUUGAUCGGCACUGUGCCAUCUGUGACCCUUUGCUCUACCCCACCAAGUUCACCAUAAGAGUGUCCUGCAUUUACACCGGGGUGGGGAGGGCAGUGUAUGAGGCUUAUAUACAUAUACAUACCUCUGUCUUCCUCUACACUAAAGCAACUGCAGAAGGACUGGGCCGUUUUUUGCGAGACUUGCCUUGUGUUGGUAGCUGUCAGCUGCUGUUCAACAAGAUCUGGGGGUGGUUGAACUUCCCAGUAUUCUUCUUCCCUUGCCUCGUAAUGGUAGUUCUGUCCGUAAAAAUAUUUACUGUGGCUAACAAGCAAGCCAGGCCGAUAAACAACAUGAGUAUGAGUAUCGUCUCAGCUACACGUAGGAGAGCAUCCAAAGCAGCAAGGACUCUGGGGGUAACUGUAGGAGUCUACCUCCUGUGCUGGUUGCCCUUUACUAUUGACACCAUGGUAAACAGUCUUCUGGAUUUCAUUACCACCCCAGUUCUGUUUGACCUAAUUUGGUUUGCUUACUUCAGUUCUGCCUGCAAUCCCUUGAUCUAUGUGUUUUCCUACCGUUGGUUCAGGAAAAGCUGUGAAACUAGUCUUAACUUGUGGGGUCUUUUGUUCCAGGACACCUACACCCACAGGGAGGCUGAAAUGAUGGAGAGAGGGAAAAGCAGAACCCAGAGUACUGAUGUGUACAGUGACAGUGGCACAGCAAACAAAGCUUUCCCCAUUUCGUUUAAUCAGCUGAAAUCUGAUCACUCUCCAAAAGCAACAGGAAAGGAUGAUGAAUACAGUUGUAAACCAAUGACCAAGACAUAA